GUCCCCUCUCUUCAAGUCUUUUCGUUUCCGCGUGAAGUUGAACGGAGGAGAAAGCACAAUGAGAGGGAAAUACUUUCUCCUCUGCUUCUUGUUGCUCAAACUUAUGGCUCUUGUAUGCAAGGCUGACGGGAUUCCAGGAGCGCUUGGAGGAUUCGUAAUGAUUGCCACCUCGAACGGCUCCACGGUGGAGGAGAGCGUGUCCGAGGAGACCCCGCACACGGAGGACAACUGUCGGGGUUACUACGACGUGAUGGGCCAGUGGGACCCACCGUUUAUCUGCAAAACGGGCGUGUAUUUGUACUGCUGCGGCACCUGUGGCUUCCGCUUCUGCUGCUCUAUCAAGGAGUCGCGGCUCGACCAGAGCACCUGUACAAAUUAUGACACUCCGAUGUGGAUGAAGAGCGGACAGACACCCUACAAAAAAUCGAACAAGAUGCACGACAGCACCAAAGACAAGACGAACUUAAUAGUUUACAUCAUUUGUGGAGUAGUGGCCAUCAUGGCUCUUGUGGGGAUUUUCACCAAAUUGGGGCUGGAAAAGGCGCACCGACCCCAGAGAGAGAAUAUGUACAGGGCCGUCGCCAAUGUGCUGCAGGGCGGGUGUCCAGGUGAGCAGUAUCGUGGGGAAGAGGCCCUAGGGAUGCAUUCACAGCACUAUGUCUCCAGGGCCACAAACUUCCAGGGUGGCCAGAUUAACAACAACUUGGGACCGGUUUCAAACAUGGGCCAGCAGCACCCUUACCCUGCCCUCGGCCAGCUGUCUCACAUCUAUGAACAGCAGCAGCAGCAGCAGCACCAGCAACAACAGCAGCAGCAGCAGCAACAGCAGCAGAACAAGGAUCUCAACAAGUAUGCCUCCCUGAAGGCUGUAGCUGCCAAGUACAAUGGAGACCUGUACAACAAGCGGCGGCUGAUGGUAGAGAUGCCAGCCAAAGGCGGGCUUCCUCUCCAGCCCAUGGGCAACUCCAGACCCUCCAUGGGCAACAUUUCUUCAGUAACUCCUGCAAUGACUAACAACCCCAUGGCUUCAAACCCUAUGAGCGCCAACCCUAUUAACCCCGUCAUGACCCCAAUGACUUCAAUGACCCCGAUGACUUCAAUGACGCCAAUGAUAUCAAUGACACCCAUGACCUCUAUGACACCUAUGACCUCCCUCACCCCAAUGACUUCUAUGACUCCAAUGACUUCACUCACCCCUAUGACCUCCAUGACUCCUAUGACUUCUUUGGGUCCACUGACUCCAGAGCCAGUGGCCACUUAUGUCACUGAGAUGCCCACCAUCUCCUCUGUAUCAACCCUGCCAACAGAACGGCACAUAGCCGGUGGAGGAGGAGUGGGACACAAGCCAAACGGCCAGAAACCCAAAGGCAGCCAUGGUCACACUAUCCACAGCUCUCACAUCUCUCACACUCAUGUUCACAGCCACAGUAGCAAGCCACCAGGACUUGGGGCUACCUCCCUGGCACACAUGACGGGGACCAUGCCAGGUGGCACAUCCCUGGGCAUCUCCAGGGUUGCUGAGACUGUCAUUGGCCCAGGCUCAGCUACAAUGGGCCGCCCAUUGGCGUACAGUUCCAACACAAUUGCUUCUUCACAUGCGAUGGGGCUAGGGCUGAGGGGCUGGGAUGGGACUGAGACGGUGGGCCGGAGGAAGACCUACGGGCACAAAAGGCCUCAGUGUACCGUGCUGGAACCGAACCAGCUCCACAGCACCAGAGGCCACAGCCACAGCCAACACUUCCUCCCCACACAGCCCUACUUUGUGACCAACAGCAAGACAGAGGUGACAGUGUGAGCGAGAAAGAUAAGAAGAAAAAGAGAGGAACAGGAUGCAUGUGGAGUGGUGACACAAGCAGUCUCUCAGUGGAGAUACAGUACCAACUCUUGGGAUGUUCAAACACGCAGAUCUUCACAUGUGUUUGUGCGUAGAAGUUGAGGGUCGUUGGUCUACUGUGUCCGAGUGGUCCUUGUUUCACAAGCAAAGUUCACGAAUAAAAUCUCUCAAAAGACCUUUGUUGUCAAAAGGAUGGCGCCCAAGUAGGUGGCAUCUGUAACCAUACUCACAAAGAGCCUACAGAGCAGGGAUGUCUUUACACUUGCGGUGAUAUUAGAGUGUUGUCACAUAGCUAAUAUCUACUCUGUAAUGAAACAAUGUUUGAGAAUUACAGUGCGGCUACUCACAGAUGGAAAACUUCUGAUCAUAAAAUGGA